AUGACCGCGCGGUCCGUCGCUGUAUCCUCCGAGGACAAGAAAGGGGGCAAGAACAGAAGAGGAAGAACAAGAACAAGAACAAGAACAAGAACAAGAAGAAGAAGAAGAAGUAUAAGAAGAAGAGGAGGAAGAUAAGAAGAAGAAGAAGAAGAAGAAGAAGAAGGAGCAGCGAUCUCUGUCCCUGCACCGACCAGCAGCAUCCCACCAGCCCGCUGCAAGCCCCACCGAGAGGCGGAUGCAAUCUGCGCGGUCGGAAUCGUACCGCCGGAAUUGGACUACUAACCUAAAGGAACCCGCGUGCACAUCGGCUGCAAACAAGGAACCCGCGCUGCAACACCCGCUUCGGAGUCUAUAGGGACCGAGGGGGGAUCCCGCCGGAGGAGUCCAGCCGCCCAGUGCGCCCUCUCCACCGGGGAAGGUUCGGCCAGCAAGCCGCAUGGAAAAACGGUAUGAGGACCUGGGCCAUUACCCUGGGUCGGAGGCCAUGUCUUUGGGGGGCUACGGGGACGCAGUGAGGUCACUGCCCCCCCAGCACUACGGACAAACCAUCCCUGACUCCCUGAAGCAUCACAGAGACCUGAUCUACGGUCACCCGCUGUUCCCACUGCUGGCUCUAGUGUUUGAGAAGUGUGAGCUAGCCACCUGCUCUCCUCGAGACUCCGUGUCCUUUUCGGGGACCUCCCACCUCCCGGGCAUGACCAAUCACAGCGACGUAUGCUCCUCCGACUCCUUCAAUGAAGACAUUGCCGCAUUUGCCAAACAGAUUCGUUCUGAGAAGCCCAUAUUUUCUUCCAACCCAGAGCUGGACAACCUGAUGAUUCAGGCGAUUCAGGUGCUGCGCUUUCACCUGCUGGAGCUGGAAAAGGUGCACGACUUGUGUGAUAAUUUCUGCCACCGCUACAUCACCUGCCUGAAGGGCAAGAUGCCCACGGACCUGGUGAUGGACGAUCGGGAGGGCGGGUCCAAGUCGGAUAUGGAGGAUUUCACUGGCUCCUGCACCAGUCUGUCAGAGCAGAAUGCGUCAUGGUUACGGGAGCCUGAUGAGUGCGCCACAACUCCUCUUGGAACCCCUGGCAACUGUGGCCUGCCUUCACACAGCACAGCAGACAACUGCAGCGACACGGGCGACGGUAUGGACGUGGCCUCUCCCAGCACAGGGGAGGAUGAGGAAUCGGACCGCGACAGGAGAAACAACAAGAAGAGAGGGAUCUUCCCCAAGGUGGCCACCAACAUCAUGAGAGCCUGGCUCUUCCAGCACCUAUCGCACCCCUAUCCAUCAGAGGAGCAGAAGAAGCAGCUGUCCCAGGACACGGGGCUGACCAUCCUACAGGUCAACAACUGGUUCAUUAAUGCCAGGAGGAGAAUAGUCCAGCCCAUGAUCGACCAAUCAAAUCGCUCAGGUCAGGGGGGUCCCUACAGCCCAGAAGGAGCAGCUCUUGGGGGCUACGGACUUGACGGACAACACCUGGGUCUCCGUGCAGCAGGUCUCCAGGGCAUGGCCUCUCUACCGGGUGAAUACCCCGGCUCGCUGCUGGCCCAGCAGGGCUACCCUCCCCACCCCGGCAGUUCCCUGCACCCUUACCCCGGCCCCCACCCCCAUCCCGCCAUGCUCCUCCACCCGCCUCCACACACACACCCCUCUGAACCACUACUUGCACAGGGACUGGACAUCCACGCACACUAGCCGCUUUAGAACUGCACCGCUGUGUGUGUGUGUGUGUGUGUGUGUGUGUGUGUGUGUGUGUG